UCGACAAACACGUUCACUCCCUCGAGCUUCUCAUCGAACAACUCUAAGCGAUUAACUGGUUACACUAGCUUCCGCCAUAUUUUUUAGCUUUGUCUGAGUUGGAAGAUAUUCUUGCCAUGUCUGCACCGCUGAAAGUGUGUAUCGUGGGCUCAGGAAACUGGGGCUCUGCUAUUGCCAGGAUUAUUGGCCAUAAUGCACAAAAACAGCAGCGUUUUGCCACCAGUGUCAAGAUGUGGGUAUUUGAGGAAAAUAUCAAUGGAAGAAAGCUUACUGAUAUCAUCAACACUGAUCACGAGAAUGUCAAAUACCUCCCAGGUUACAAACUUCCAGAAAAUGUGGUUGCAGUGCCUAAGUUGCGCGAUGCUGCAGAAGGGGCAGACUUGCUGGUGUUUGUUGUCCCACACCAGUUUAUUCGAAAGCUGUGCGAUGAGAUGACUGGCUGUGUUUCUAAGACGGCCCGUGGGAUUACUUUAAUUAAGGGUAUUGAUGAGGGACCUGAGGGGUUGAAGCUCAUCUCUGAUAUCAUACGGGAGAAGAUGGGUAUCGAUGUCAGUGUCCUAAUGGGUGCCAACAUUGCUAAUGAGGUGGCGGCUGAGAAGUUCUGUGAAACCACGAUCGGGAGUAAAAUAUUGGAGAACGGACAGCUUUUUAAGGAGCUUCUGCAGACGCCCAACUUCCGCAUCACCGUCGUGGAAGACGCAGACACCGUGGAGCUGUGCGGAGCCCUCAAAAACAUCGUGGCUGUGGGUGCGGGUUUCUGUGACGGCCUGCAAUGUGGAGACAACACCAAAGCAGCAGUAAUCAGGCUGGGGCUGAUGGAGAUGAUUGCCUUUGCGAAACUCUUCAGUAAAGACGGCUCUGUGUCCUCUGCUACCUUUUUGGAGAGCUGUGGCGUAGCCGACCUCAUCACCACCUGCUACGGUGGACGUAACCGUCGCGUGUCGGAGGCUUUUGUCACGACGGGCAAGAGCAUUGAGGAACUCGAGAAGGAGAUGUUAAAUGGCCAAAAGCUUCAGGGCCCACUAACAUCUGCUGAAGUUAACCACAUCCUCAAGCAGAAAGGCCUAGUGGACAAGUUCCCCUUGUUCACGGCUGUGUAUCAGAUCUGCUUCGAGGGCAAGCCAGUUCAGGACAUGAUCACCUGCCUGCAGUCUCACCCUGAGCACAUUUAAGGGCCUCUCGGAUUGCUGCAUUCAAGGUGGCCUGGAAAGUGACAUCCACCAGCACCUCUGCCUUUAAUUCAGUGAUCAGUCCUGCCUUUAUCAUACAUUCUCAGUUUACGCACAUUUAAAUUUCAAAAUAUUGAACUAGCCUUUGGUUAUCUUUUGGUUUAACAACUUUCUGAAACUUAAAUUGUUUGGUUGGGAGGGGUCAUUUUCAGUGUCAGACAGUUCACAAAGCUGCAAAAUGUUUUCACUAAGUAGCCUACAUGAUGUUCUGAGUGAUAUCUAUUGGAACAUUAAGCCAUAUGUGAUAUCUACUCACUCUCAUUUGGUAUUGACUGCCCCCUUGUGGAGGGCUUAACUACUGCAUAAAUAUAAAAUGAGGGUCAUUUUUGGUCCCUUUUUAUCUCACCACUUAUAAUAUCGAUAGGUUGUGUCAUGUUUGUAAACUCCAGAGACCUUCUGAUUAAACUAGCUCAGUCAGGUUUUUACCUUGUAGCAAGUGCUGUUGCUGUUUACAGCCAGUGAGUAACGCACAUUUUUUAAGUUCCCCAAAAGGCAGAAGUCUAUUGCAUAUGCUGCUGAUAUGCUCACUGGUGAUGAUCUUCUACGCACAGAUACAAUUUUGCCACCAGAUACAUUUCUCCUGCUGUGCAAAGAAACAUUCGAUUCAACCAUCUCCCCAUAGAACUACUUAUACCUCUUACCACGUAAUCUGUUUUUAAGCUUUUUAAAUAUUUUUACAAGUGUUUCUAUCACCUUACUGCCCAACUGUGAGUAUAAGAAAAAAAAAUACACUCCACUAUUCUUCUUUUUUUUCCAAUAGAAAUUUUUUUUCUUGCUCUUUACUCCUCUUUUUUUGAAGGGAACAAGGGAAUUUAGCAGUGCUUUAACACCAUACUAUAAAUGGGUUUUCUCUAAUUAUAAACCCGUAAUCAUCAGAAUCGAGAUGACUUGCGAUGUCAUACCUUCCUUAAUCGAUCAUGCACUAACAAAUGUAAUGGAGAGUUAUAAUCAUUUGUAACAUCAUCUUACUUAUCUGGGUUUAUUUUUGUAUGUGGAUUUUUACUAAUCAAUACUAAUUAACAGCACCACUUUGGUUUGGUUUUAGUGUGCUGUUUGAUUUAAAUGUUAUUUUUUUGUUGUUGUUGGAGCUGCUCAGUUUGCAGUUUUUGCUACUUAGAAAGUCUGUAUUAUUUCACGUUCUUACCUUCAGCUAUCAUGUUCGACUAAGCUUUGAGAAUGAAUGGCUUAUGCAAAAAUUACAGCAAAGAAAUUGGCCUCUGACUUGCGUAUGCACUUAAUACAAGGAGAAUAAUACGGAGAACAUUUUUAUUUUAUCAGAUCUGAUAUUAAAUGCAGAGAUGAUUUCCUUCUUUAGUGCAAUGAUUUGCUCUGGACUGAUUCCAAUGGACUUCAGACCCCAAAGAAACAAAGCUGAGCGUUUAUAAGUUUUGGUCGUAUUCAGUCUUCUAUUGUUAGCCAUCUUGGGUCUGAAGGAAAAACAAAAAAAUUAACAUAAAUUCCUACAAAUCGAGACUUUUAGGCCACCCUGUAUAUGUUUGCUCAGUGACACUCUCAGAUGUAAUAUCAUAUUCCUUGUUAGCUUUGUGAUGUUCAUUUAAGACACUCAUUUUCUUUAUAAGCAAUAUUGCAUUUUAGGUGUAGAUACUGAUGUAAAAGUAUCAAGGGCAUAUAGUUUUGGUGCUGACUGUCAUAAUUCUAGAAACAGUUUGAUUUGCAUAUCAGUUUUUAAAUGCCUCCAAGUAACAUUGUUCUGUAAUCACUGCAACAAACAAAAUCUGAUCUUCUGUAAUGUGUCAUUUGUUUAUAAAGGUUAAGUGUUAAGACUGCAGAUUAGCAGAGUAAAUAUUCACAUUUUAUCAGUAGUCUUGUCUAAUAAAGUCUUUACGCGGUA